UGACGUGUUCCAUUACCGCUACCGCACCCGAGGCACCAACGUUCGAAAGUUCUGGAUGGGAGGAUAUCCUGCGAGAUCUCGGCGCUAUGGAAGCGCCUGACCUCCACGAACUCACUAUAAAUGUCUUGCUUUUAGAGCUGGGAUACUGGGGAGAAGACGCGGCCGCUCCUGAAGCCACCUUUGCACAUGCCCUUGCAUCACACCUCCAGAAACAGGAGUGGGAUACACUACGUGGCAUCCUCAGGCGACGUCCGAAGCUGCGGAAGCUGAAGCUGGUCGUCGCUGCGGACGACGGCUGGUCUUCGUUCCAGUACAUGGUGCCGUAUCUGCAUUGCUCCGGCGGAGUUAUGCAAGAAAUCGCAUCGAAGUUUCUGGGUAGUAAGGUGGAGAGCAUUCUGGAGGUAAUAACAGAACAUCGGCGGAACCAGAUAGUGGAUGGGGUCGUCCGCUAUUACCCAUAACUAUUGUUGAUCUGCUGUGACAGCCUAUUUAACACUUAAGAUCGCAGACUUAUAUGCCCAGUGAUGUGCUGUACUCAUGUCUACUAGGUAUCGUUAUAGACUAUUAUUCGCAAAUUAUUCGUUUUGAAAGCGUCACUCAUCUUAUGUGGUAGUGGUAGCAUAGGUCGUACAGCGUAAGAGUUUGACAAAACUUGAUGACCCACUCCUCGAACGUUCCCCAGACGAGCGCAUCCGGACCGUUAUGCCAUCCAUCUCCUAUUCUAGGACCAUGGGCACAGAGCCGUCGGCCUUGUUACUAGUCAACAGUCAUAUACGCUGCUGGAAUGGCCAUGUCAGCAGGAGGCAAUUUCGGAUCAGUCACGGCGCCAAGGGAAAUGACUCGCUUUGAAGAAUGUUUGAAGAGGUAACGAGAAAAGAGGAAGGAGGACGCGUGACUGCCGUAAGACCUAUGAGCUAGUAUAUGAAAGAGAAUAACGGCUGCACAGCCAAUAACAGAGAGGAAUACAGGCUUACACGCGCGCCACCCCGAGGGACAGAUACGGUGCUUGCAAAGCUGACGCACACAGGGAUGAUGUUGGUCUUCUAUUUCUGCGAGCCGGCAAAGUUCCAGAUCAGCAGGGCCUCAACUCACAACAUGCAUCACUUUAGACCGCACUGAGCGACCGCUGACGCGCCCAGUGUCUCGAGGCAACUAGACCUAAGACCUCCGGCAGUAGCAAGCUUCCGCUGUUCCCCAUAAUGGGAACGGGAACUAGCAGAGUAGUUGCAGUAGUGGAUCACAACCGCAGCCGUUCGCCCAGACUGUUAUCCAAUCGCCGACCACAUCCGAAGCGGUUGCGGUGGUCUUCCAUAGCAGCUCUUGUAGGAUGUCUAUCUCCAGCCGGAGGGUCCGCUGGUGUUUAUCCCUUGGUGGCAUCACAUCGGUACGUUCUUAGUGCACAUAUAAGGGCGUAGCUCUGCAGAGACAUGUCAUAUUAGCGGAUGCGCAAGAGCGGGGUGAUGACGCUGACGCCUUCUCAUUCUGCAGUAAGCGGCCUAUCAUGUCGCUCUCCAGUCUCAGCGACGGAUUUCUCA